GGCGUGUGACGUCACGACCACACUACGGAACGCCGCUGGUGACUAAGCUCAGAAAGCGCGGACUGAGUGAAAAGGCAAUUAUUUCAGUUGCUUUGUGAAAUGGUUAUUUAAAGCCGAAGAAAUGGACUUUUCAAAGAGGAAGUUACGAUCAGGGAAGGAGACGAGCAAGGAGAGACUUGAGAAUAAAGGCGAACCAGCGCUCCCUAAAUGCACGGGUGCGGCAGAUAACGGUGAAAAUGAAGGAAGUCGGUGUGAACAAACAAACACAGCCCCGGUAGCCUCUUCUGAGGAGAAUAACGGCCGCGCAUGUCGUGAGUGUGAUUUCGUGGCGAAAACUCCUACUGCUCUGAAAAUCCACUGCAGGAGGAAACACAGUAGCUUGCACGCUGAAGCGAUGGGUUCGACAGGUGCAGAGGGAACAAGCACUGCUGAAAAUGUUGCAGACCAACCCAAACCUACAGAGUCCCCUGCUGACCAGGUCGGCAGUGAUGCACCCCAUAUAGAGCAGUUCAGCUCUGGGGUACUCCCUUUAGACCAGUUCGGCUCUGGAGUACAGCGUUUUGAGCGUCUCUACUGCAGGUGCUGCAGUCUUUACACCUGCACAGCACAGGAGAUGAAUGAACACCUGAGUGAUGAAUCCCACCGAAACCUGGCGCUGGAGAAAAACAUUGGCCCGUUGUUUGAACAGUGUGUUGAAAAAGUGCUUGUCAUUCUAUCAGACGAACAAAAACACGAGCAGAGUGAACAAGGUGAGAGUGUCAGCGAGGAUGCUCAAGAGACUGAAUCGGCCGAACAGGCUUUAGCAGAGUUAGUGGAUGCGAGUGCUUCUCACAAACGGAAACGAGGAAGGCCCAAGUCAUCUCAGGUAAUGAGCUGCAGUCACUGCGGCCUGGUGGCCUCCAAUCCAACAAACCUCAGCGUGCACAUCCGCCGCAAACACAGCCGUCUGUACAGCUUCCACUGCAAACUGUGCAACUACUCCUGCGUGACCAAAGGAGACAUGGACCGGCACUGCGAAACCAAAAAGCACAUUAAACGAGUGCAGAGCGAUGGCGAUGGACAGGAGGCAGUCAUCAUACUAAAUGCAGAGCAGGCAGCUCAGCAGGGCGAGGCAGAACCGGCCGAGAAAACUCCUACACAGCAAGAAACACCAAAUGUAGAGGAGGAAAGAGAGACAGAGGGAACGGGAAGCGACGUUCCCUGUAAAAAGCCCAAGUACGACUCAUCGUACUCAUGCGAUCACUGCUACUUUGUUGCGCAUUCUGCUAUUUCGCUGGCCCUGCACGUGCGUCGCAAACACACCCGGGAUUUCGAGUUUGUGUGCUUGGCAUGCAGUUAUUACGCGGUGACACGCAGAGAGAUGUCGCGACACACUGCGACCGAGAAACACAAACUCAAACGGCAGAGAUACCUGCAGAAACGGCAAAACACACACCAACAUGACCAGAACGUGGAUAAGCACAGUGAGAACACAAGCCAAGUUGCUGAAAACGCGAACCCACAAUCGGACAAAAACAAAGAAAACACACAGCAAAAUACUGACAACUUGCACCAACAGACUGAGACCAAACCUCAACUCUUUGACAACAAGCAGCAAAACACCAAAAUCGUGCACAAGAACACUGAUCCAGAAGCAGAUUCUGGUAGUCUGAAUAACGAUACAGGAAAAGCCAUAGCAGGAGAAAAAGGAAGUGCAGGAGAAGAAGAGGCGAAAUUUAACCAACAGCUGAAGUCCAAUGAAGAUACAAAAGGCCCUAAAUACUCAUCAGAAUUCCCUGAUCCAGCAAAUAGUGAGGAGGGUGAGGAGGAAUACAAUGAUGAUGAUGAUGAUGAUGAUGAUGAAGAUGAAGAAGAAGAGGAGGAUAUGUGUGAGACGACUGCUGAAAGUCCCAGUAGCGAGAGGCCUGUUUUUAGAGCAGCUGCGUUUGACGAGUGCGUGUUCUCCUUGAAAGUGCCGACAGACGGACUGCACGACAAAGACGACAGAGAGUCAUAUAAAUCCCUCCAUCAGGCUGCAAAAAUGCUAAAAAUGUCAGACGGACAUGAAGUCAGCACGCGUGUCCGGUGUGACGACUGCGGGUUCUUGGCGGAGGGGCUCAGCGGCCUGAACGUCCACAUCACGAUGAAACACUCGUCGAAGGAGAAGAACUUUCACUGCUUGCUCUGUGGGAAGUCCUUCCACUCUGACAGCAGCCUGCAGCAGCACCUUAGCAGCUCGGCACACCUACGGACGGAGCGAUGCAGCGUGGACGAGCGGCCUGAUGGAGGAGCCGCCUUCCGGUGUGUGCGCUGUAAUGAGCCCUGCAAUUCGGAGCAAGAACUUUUCGUCCACAUCAAAGAGAAACACGAGGAGUUGCUACGCGAGGUAAACAAGUACGUAAUGGAGGACACAGAGCAGAUCAACCGGGAAAGGGAGGAGAACCCUGGAAACGUGUGCAAAUACUGUGGCAAGGUGUGCAAGAGCAGCAACUCCAUGGCCUUCCUCGCUCAUGUCCGCACACACACAGGUUCAAAGCCAUUUAUGUGUAAGAUCUGUAAUUUUGCAACGGCACAACUGGGAGACGCCAGAAAUCACGUAAAGAGACACCUCGGCAUGAGGGAGUACAAAUGUCAUCUCUGUGGGUGGGCUUUUGUGAUGAAGAAACAUCUGAACACACACUUGCUGGGAAAACAUGGACUAGGCCAGCCAAAGGAGAGGAAGUAUGAUUGUGAAUUGUGUGAGCGGAGCUUUAGUGAGAAGUGGGCCCUUAAUAACCACAUGAAGCUUCACACUGGAGACAAACCCUUUAAGUGCCCUUGGCAAUCUUGUCACUAUGCCUUUCUCACACACUCAGCCAUGAAGGACCACUACAGGACACACACAGGUGAAAAGUCAUUUCUGUGCGAUCUCUGUGGUUUUGCUGGUGGAACUCGGCACGCUCUCACUAAACACCGGCGCCAACACACAGGUGAGCGUCCAUUCCGCUGUGACCUCUGCAGCUUUGCCUCCACCACUCAGUCUCAUUUGACCCGACACAAACGCGUUCACACUGGAGAAAAACCAUACCGCUGUCCCUGGUGUGACUACAGGUCAAACUGUGCAGAGAAUAUCCGGAAACACAUCCUGCACACAGGCAAACAUGAGGGCGUGAUGAUGUACAACUGCCCUCGCUGUGAUUUCGCAACCAAUUCACCCUCUGAGUUCCGUAACCACCUUAAGGACAAACACCGGGACAUUGAGAACCCUGACCUGGCUUACCUUCAUGCAGGAAUCGUGUCAAAGUCGUUCGAGUGCCGGCUGAAAGGGCAGGGGUCGUCGUAUGUUGAGGCCGACGCCCCGUUCACGCCAGACGAGGGUCGUUUAGGAGCUGAAACACUGCAGCAAGUCAUCAUCAUCCAGGGAUACGGAGAGGAGGCGGAGUUACAGGGCACAGAGAUGGAGGAGGCGGAGCUGGAGGAAUCGGCAGCUGCUACCCUGCAGACGCUGGCCAUGUCCUCUGUCAAUGCCGAGCUGCUGCAGGUUACGCAGGACGGAUGCAUUAUUCCCUACACACACAAGAACUUUGUCCUGGUGGAGUCGUCAGGCUCAGGGGCGGAGCAAACAUUGCAGAGGGCAGAGCAAACAUCGCACGAAACCAGUCAGGAUGGAACCGGCGCAUCUACAGCUCUAGAUGCUCUGCUGUGCGCAGUGUCUGAGAUCGACCAGCAGGACGGUGCCUCUCAGCAGGACAUCCGAACCACCGCUGAACAACAAGAAGCGCACGUCCAGGCGGAGGGGCAGGAGGCAGUGCAAGUUUACGGGGAGGUGGUACAGGUUUUGGGCCACGCCCAUGAGGAAGUCCUACAGUUUGCUGCCAGCCAGCUGAUGAUGAGAGAAGGGCUAACACAAGUGAUUGUGAACGAUGAGGGAACGCAUUACAUUGUGACCGAGGUGGCUGACAGCACUGUAUUUGAGGGGGCGGAGUCUGGACAGGAAGUAGCGUUUGUAGAUGCUACAGGAAACCAGCCCAGUGAGGCUCCAGUCACAUAUGAAGCAGUCAGCCUUAAACAAGAAGCUCAGGAAUGAUUGUGGCAGGGCUGAAGCGUUUAUAGUUUAGCACCGCCCCUUUUACAUUUCUGGCCCCACCCAAUUAUUUACAUAACUAAAAGUACAGCUACUGAACCGUUGUAUCAUAUUAUUAUUAUUAUUAUUAUUAUUAUUAUUAUUAUUAUUUCAGAGGAAUGUGUGGCCACUGUAGUUGUACAUAGAUCUUUUCCUGUCUAAAGCAUAAACUUUCUAUAAAUGCAAAUGCAUAAAUGCAUGACAUUAAGGUUUACAAACAGCACAUUUACAGUCGUGAAUCUGCAACAGCAAGCAAGAUUCUUCGAAUACAUCUAUCAGUCUUAUUUUACAGCUUUUACAAACCUUAUGGACAGGGUGAGGACAUGUGGAUGGCACCCAGGAGCCAAACCAAGGGGGUGGGGUCAAACGCAAAACUUCAGGGUCAAGAAUUAAGCUAAUUUGUGCUGAGGGUGGCUCCAGAGAGCCAGAGGGCAGGGCAAGAUCAGAUUGAAAGCUUUGGAGCACUCAGCAGGAGGAGUUCUGUGAUACCAAGUGAGUGAACCAAGGGGGUGGAGCCAGAUGCCGAUGCACUGAGGAGGUGGGGCUAAACCACAAACCAAUAAACUAUAGAUUUGUGUUUUGGUAAAAAAUUACAGCAUUGCAUUCAUGUAUAAUCAGCUUUGUGAGGAUCUGAUUUAAACAGGAGAGUAACAAACAACUCACACACACACACACACACCAUUCUGAAUCUUCUGUAGAAAACUGUUCUCCUGCUAUGUUUUAUAGAUUUAUCUGAAAUGCCUAAAAGCGAGCGUUGGAAAGAAAUGCACACUUGUUAAUUUAACUGAAUUUCAGUAAACAUGUGUAAACAAAUAAAUACAUAAAUGCGUGUGU